ACGCCGGCCCGGGCACGCGCCCGCCAAGAUGGCAGGGUCCGGGGCCCAGCUGUCAGGCGCCGCCGCCGCAGCCCGGCCCCGCAGCUAGCGGCCCGGACGCCCGCCCCGAGAAGAUGCGCCCCCGCUGCCCCCCGCAGCCCAGCAAGACGCGGAGCCGCCGCGCCCGGGGCCGGCUCCCCGCUAACGCCCCGCGCCGCGCCCCCCGGCCCCGCGCGCCCGCCCUGGCAGCGACAAUGAGUGAACAGAGUAUCUGCCAAGCCCGGGCUUCCGUGAUGGUCUACGACGACACCAGUAAGAAAUGGGUUCCCAUCAAAGCCGGCCAGCAGGGGUUCAGCCGGGUCAACAUAUACCACAACACUGCCAGCAACAGCUUCAGAGUCGUUGGGGUCAAGCUUCAGGACCAGCAGGUUGUGAUCAAUUAUUCAAUCGUGAAAGGGCUGAAGUACAAUCAGGCAACGCCCACCUUCCACCAGUGGCGAGAUGCCCGCCAGGUGUACGGCUUAAACUUUGCAAGUAAGGAAGAGGCAACCACGUUCUCCAAUGCCAUGCUGUUUGCCCUCAACAUCAUGAACUCCCAGGAAGGAGGCCCCUCCACCCAGCGCCAGGUGCAGAAUGGCCCCUCCCCUGACGAGAUGGACAUCCAGAGAAGACAAGUGAUGGAGCAGCACCAGCACCAGCACCAGCGUCAGGAGUCUCUAGAGAGAAGAACCUCAGCCCCAGGACCUACCCUCCCACCGGGGCACCCCUCGUCUGCAGCCAGCGCCCCCCUCUCCUGUAGUGGGCCCCCACCGCCGCCUCCGCCCCCCGUCCCACCUCCACCCACAGGGGCCACUCCGCCUCCCCCACCCCCACUGCCAGCCGGAGGCGCGCAGGGCUCCAGCCACGACGAGGGCUCCGUGUCAGGACUGGCCGCCGCCUUGGCCGGGGCCAAGCUGAGGAGGGUCCAGAGGCCAGAAGAUGCAUCUGGAGGCUCCAGCCCCAGCGGGGCCUCCAAGUCUGACGCCAACCGGGCGAGCAGUGGGGGUGGAGGAGGAGGCCUCAUGGAAGAAAUGAACAAGCUGCUGGCCAAGAGGAGAAAAGCAGCCUCCCAGACAGACAAGCCGGCUGAUAAAAAGGAAGAUGAAAGCCAAACGGAGGAGCCGAGCACCUCUCCGUCUCCGGGGACCCGAGCAGCCAGCCAGCCACCUAACUCCUCAGAGGCUGGCCGGAAGCCCUGGGAGCGGAGCAACUCGGUGGAGAAACCCGUGUCCUCGUUACUGUCCAGAACCCCGUCUGUGGCAAAGAGCCCCGAAGCUAAGAGCCCCCUUCAGGCGCAGCCUCACUCUAGGAUGAAGCCGGUGGGGGGUGUGAACGACGCGGCCCUGGAUGCCUUAGAUUUGGAUCGGAUGAAACAGGAGAUCCUCGAGGAGGUGGUGCGGGAGCUCCACAAAGUGAAGGAGGAGAUCAUCGAUGCCAUCAGGCAGGAGCUAAGCGGGAUCAGCACCUCAUAGUGCCCUCGGCCCCUGCCGCUGCCGCCCGAGAGACACCCCAGGCCACCUGCCGGCGGGGGACAGCGAGGAGCCCGGCCCCGGGCCCCCGGCGCACGCAGGCGCUCACCACGCUGGGAGGUGCUCCGGUCGCAAGUGUUACCGUGUGAUAAAAUAUUAAAAUGAGGAAACGA